GGUGAAGAUGCAGUCGGUGAUGAGGGGGGUAUGUGGGGAGCCAGCGCUGGGAUAGAAGAGUUUCUCGCUGGGUACUAAGUUGGUGAACCUUCUUUGUAAACAUGAUCUCCGUGUCUUGCAUGUUGGCGCUCACUUGGUUUUCGUGUGCGCUGGGCACAGAUUCAUUCCCGGGGGAACGGCUGUCAGAUGUGAGCGGGCAGCAGAAGGAGUUUGGCAGUGAUGUGGAGCGACAAGGUUUGGAGAGGUCGGAGCUUUGGAAACGAAGCGCUGGACUGAAUGAACAGACAUGCACAGACCUGACUGGAGUAGAGUCGACUCUGCAGAACAACACCCACUCUGUAAGUUAUUUAUUCCACAUCAAAACAUGAAACUGCACUUAAAAAAGAGAGAGAGCUUAAUCUCUGCUCCCGAUUUGACCUCUGACGGGCUACUUCAGUGUGUCAAUGGUCACUCAGCACAUGGGGCUGCUCAUAAACGUGCACACUGUAAACAACUUGUGCACGCUUACACAGCUCUGUCUAUUAGAUCCAUGGUGGAAAAUGGAUGGACCUUUCCAAUUAAAAAAAACAAAAAAACAAAAAAAAAAAACACUAUCAGUUGGGUAAGAGGAGCUCUGACCCUUUCGUCUACACUGCAAAAAGGGGGAGGCUAAAAACACUAAAUCUGAGGGAAAAGUUACUAAAAACAAGUGAAAUUAUCUGUCAAUGGAUCAAGGUAAUUUCACUUGACAAGAUUUCCUGAAUUAAGAUUGUUAAAUCUAGAAAUAAGCAUGUCUACAAAUGUAUUUGGAAGGCUUAAGAUAAGCCAAAAAUGCUGGUUUUAACAUCAGAUUACUUAAAAUUUAACUUUUACAGCCCUAAAAUGAGUGACAUGUACUAAAUAUAAGCAUAAAAUAAGUAUAAAAUGCUGGUUUUAAGAUCAGAGUACUUAAAAUUUAACUUUUACAGCCCCAAAAACAAGUUAAAUAUACUUAAUAUAUGCACAAAAUAAGUAAAAAUGCUGGUUUUGAGAUCAGAGUACUUAAAAUUUAACUUUUACAGCCCUAAAAUGAGUGACAUGUACUAAAUAUAAGUAUAAAAUGCUGGUUUUUAAGAUCAGAGUACUUAAAAUUUAACUUUUACAGCCCCCAAAAUAAGUUAAAUAUACUUAAUAUAUGCAUAAAUUAAGUAUAAAAUGCUAGUUUUAAGAUCAGCUUACUUGAAUUUUAAUUUUUACAGCCCCAAAAUAAAUUAAAUUUACCAAAUAUAAGCAUCAAAUAAGUAUGAAAUGCUGGUUUUAAGAUCAGAGAACUUAAAAUUUAACUUCCACAGCCUCAAAAAUAAGUUAAAUAUACCUAACAUAUGCACAAAAUAAGUAUAAAAUGCUGGUUUUAAGAUCAGAGUACUUGAAAUUUAACCUUUACAGCCUCAAAAUAAGUGAAAUAUACAAAAUGUAAUCAAUUACACAGUAUUUUCUUACUUUUAGCAAAUUAAGCAGAAGAUUGGUUAAACAAAAAAUAGAAAUUCAGAGAAAAAAAACCCCAGUAUUACUGAAGAAUUACCAAAGUCUGUCUCAAUCCAAGCAGGCUGAUCUUGAAACAAGGCUCACUUAAUCUUAAAACAAGAUUCCUUCUGAUAAGAUAACUUAUUUUAACAGUUAUUUUUCUCUUUUUAAGAUUUCCUGCCUAUUGGAGAUAAAAAAGAUAAGGUUGUGCUCGGUAUAAGAUUAAAGUGUAAAGUUAAACACUUUGGUGCAUUUAUGGAUCAAAUUGAAUCUAGCACGUUUUUAGUAUCUUUCUUAAGCCAAAGCUGUAGUUUAUCAGGUAUUCGACCACUAUCCAGUUAAUCGGUUUAUUGGGGUGUUGAACUGAAAGUGAAAGAGAACAGAAGAAAUUCAUUUUCCCAGCUUGUUAUGUGCAAAUACUUUCCCCCCCUAAUUUUUGUACUAAAAUGAAGUACACUUUUGAGAUGUGUAAGAAAACUUUUUUAGGUUGUCUUCUGUGGCAUGGAAAACCAGAUAGAGUUUUUCCUGGUAUUUUAUAGAUUCAACAUCAGUUCUUUAGAGAUAUAUCAGAGGAUGAUUGGAGCGAUGCAUGCAACUUGGCACAUACCAGAUCUAUUAACAUAUGCCUCAGAUUAAUCCAGUUCAAAUAAUUAAUGCAAAUUUAUGUAACAGACAUAAUAGACAUAAUGGUAAUAUUCCUGAUGUGUGCCCAAACUGUAUUGAAUGUGGGGUAAGAUUGGUUCAUUGUAUGUGGUACUGUAGGAAAAUCAUAUUGUUGUAAGAGGUGUAAUUGAAAAAAAAAAUAUUGUCAAAGAAUUUCUACAAGACUGAAGACUGUUCUUGUUUGACUUAUACCCAGAAGAGCAUACACAGAGUGAAAAAGUGUUGAUAGAUAUCAGCCCACUGAAUGCCAAGAGGCGUGUUUCAAUGUGUUGGAAGAAAGCCCAUGGGCCUGUUGUGGGUCAGUGGAGGCAUCAGAUGUUGUCUACCCUUCCAUUGGAGAGGAUCACCUAUGUGUUGAAGAGCAGACACAAUUUCUUUGAGAUUGUAUGGGGACCAUUUAUGUUAUAUGUCAAGGAUCUUGGGGGCUUGCUUUGCUACUGUCCUUUUUUUCUUAUAAGGCAAAGGCACUGUCUUUUGUUUAUGGUUGUGUGUGAGGUUUGACAUGUUUUUGGAUAUUAUGAUUUAUUGUUUUGGAUUUACCUUUUUUAUUGUCAUUUUCAGAAAAUAGCAUCGCUCAGCAAAAAAAAAAGGACUGGAUGACUCAGAAUAAUGAUUAAAAUUAAACAAAACAAAUAAAGCCACAGUAAUAUUAGCUUUUAGCAAAACCUCUUAAUUUACUGUCACAUUUGACAAAGAAAUGCAGGACAUUCUUACAUGAAGAAAGCUGAAAAUGAAGAACAUCUGUAUAAGGGCUUCAAACUUACAUGAUAGAAAAACAUUUGUUUGUCAGCUGGUUGCAGCUCAAAUCCAGUUACAAUGACACUAACAACAUAAGAGCAGCAAAGACAGGGGCAGGUUCAACCAGGAAAUACAGAGUUUGAUUUAUUUUCUGAUGAUCAGCUGCUGUGACAGCUUCAUCUGUUAUGUUUUUUUUUAUCCCAAUCACUGUAGGCUGUGGUUCAAAGUGAAGUGCGUAUCUAAAUCUAUAUUGAAGUAAUUAAUGAGGUCGGCUGCAGUGAGAGGAGUCAGAGAAAGCACGAUUGUAGUUGCUGUUUCCUGUGCAGGGUAAAGGCAGCUUCACUGAGCAGCAGCUUCCUGUGAUACUGUACCUGUAAUCAAACUCAAAGGGGAUCUAUUUAAAAGAAAAAACAACAACUUAUAAAAACAUAAGAGGGAGGACCUUUUGUUAUUUUAGUACUGAAUGAAUUUUAAAAGGAAGCACCAAAAGAACCACCCAGAUGUCUACAGGAAUGUUAAAGAAAAACAAAUAGCACCACAGCUACCAUCUUCCUGUUGUGUUUGUGUUUAUGUGUGUGUGUGAGGGUGAUGGUUAGGUGGACCUUACAUUAUUCCUGAGGCUCAGACACCUGGCAGCAGUUUUUUUGAGCAUGAAAACAAUUUGGCAUGCUCACAGAGAGCAGACUCCUCCUCUGUCCUCUGGGCCUUUUCUCCCUCAACAAACAUUCUCCACGAUUUUUCUGCUGGACUUGAUUUGAGCACCAGUGUGGGCUCAAGUCGGACAUUUCUGUUAUCAGAGCUGCAGGGCCAAAUCAGACAAGGUUCUGUGAGCAUUUAGAGCACCAAUACAUGCUCUAUAUGUCAUGUUUUGCUGUGCAAAUGAGUUCAUCCAUCCUGCCUCUGUGCUCCUUUUUUAUGUUCUAUUUAGGCCUGAUAAACAACGCAGGAAGUUUUGGCAUUUCCAAAAUUUGCCUUGUUUUCUCUUUUUCCUUGUUUUUCAUUGAAUAAGAUUUAUUCAGUAAACUCCUUCCGGCUUGCUAACCAGCUGACUGUUUCUUCUCUCUCUCUCUUUCUUUCUCUCUCUCUCUCUCUUCACUCGAACCUGUCCCCUUUCCCCUCCAGCCCAAAAAAACAUAGGGAGAAAACAUGCUCUGUUUUGAGGGUGAAAGCUCAACUGGGUUGCAGCCAGCUGUGGGAGCAGCAAGAAAACAUAGAGAAAGAGAGAGAGAGAGUGAGAGAGAAAGUGAGAGAGAGCGAGCGAGAGAGAGAAGGAGGUGGAGGAGGGUGACAUAAAAAGAGUUAUAGAUUUGUUUGUUUACAGGGCUUCAAUGAGUUGAAAACAGCGAGUAGAUUAAGAGAUUCUUGUGGACUUGGUGCUAGACUUGUGCUUCAGUUUUCUCAUAUUUUGUAACAGUGGGUUGAGAAAUGACCAAGUAUUUGUACUCAGUGUUUCCCAUAAAACUGCACUCACAUUUCGCCUCCACCCAUAUGCAGAAAUUUGACAACUCUAAUAGUAAAAAUAAUCUGUCAAGUAAACUUCGCCUGAGAAAUGUACAGACAGCAGUCUCUACACUGUAAGGAUGUGCUGGUCCUCUGUGACAGUGCUGGUUAAAUAAAGACUGAAACGAAUGGAGUUCAUUCAGCCAAUUAGUUUCAUGACUAAUCACUUGAAUGCUCUUUAAAAUGUCAGAAAAUCCAAUUAGUAAAGCAGAUUGUCUACAGCCUUUCUCAAAAUAUGAGAGCGACAACUGAGCUAACAUUAGCAUUUCCCUGUUAGCUCCUAACAUGAUAAACACAUGAUGCUGAUGGAAAUGUAUUGAAAUUUGUCACAAUAUGGAAAAAGGAUGUCAGAUAUCAUUCAGACACACAAUUCCUGUCAUUGAUUCAGAUCCACAAAUGUUGAAGUCACCGUGGUGUCAGAGGAAAAAAUUGGGUACCACUGUCUUCAAACUUACCUCCAUCUGUUCAGGAGAGAGUUAAAAACUCCUGCAGUAGUUGCCAAGGGCCCCUGUCUCUCUGGCUCACAGCUCAGCUAAGCUGCAAGUGCUCUUGUUCUUGUGUCUGCCACAUUGUCAUGUGACAUAUGUAACUUGGUAGCCCGUUAAAUCUACUUCAGCUGGAAGGUUUCAUCUAAACCGUUGCCUUGAUUUCAAACUGGAAACAAAGCCGUACUACAAACUGACAAAAAACAGCAUCCAAAAUGAUGAAUAUAAAGGAUGCUGUUUAUUGGAGUGUAUUAUUUAGUGUAGUGAGUGAAGCAACUUUGAGUAUUUCUGAGUAGAAGUAAACGGCACAAUAGAUGCCACAGAUCCAGGAGAAGCUGCUUGUGCACGGAGCAUCCUGGAACAUGCAGGCACCAGUGUUAUUUAUGGCAAAAAAAAAAAGGAAAAUAGCCCUUCUGUAAGAAGAACAAGCUUCUGUUUGAUUUGCUGGUUUCAGCAGUCAUUUAUUUAAUCUCUUGACCGACAUUGCAAGGCACAUAUUUUCACUCUUUUCAACAUCGUAUACUCUGAACAUAUUUGAAAAAUAAAGUUUUACUCUUUUUUUUCUUAUUUCUCUAACACUAAAACGAAAAAAAAGGAAGGCUUACAUAUUUGCCCACAGAAACCUUCUCAGCCCACAUCAGAAGCUGGCUUUACAGAGCUCUAUAUGUUAGAUCUGAGCCAAAAGAACCUGACCUCCUCCUCUGAAGUUUUCUGUGUGUAAACAUGGCUGAAGCAGAAAGGUUAAAGCCCAGAACAGAGGGAAUAAUGAGCUCAUUGUGUUGGCAUCUGACCUCCAAGAGAGGACUUCACUGUGUGCUCCCUCCCUGCAGCAGUAUGUAGAACUGAGUUUGUAAGAGUAAGUGUCUUAAUGUGUGUGAGAUACUUAGUUGGUGCUGCAGUAUUAAUAAAAAGCUAAAAAGUACUGACACGUGUUGAAUGUCAGAUUAGACGAAGGUUACAGGAGCCUUUUCAGCUGUAGGGCUUCAUCAACCCUUGUGCACAAGCCCUGAUACAGCAUGAGGUCAUGUCUGGUUUGUGAGGCCACGUCCCGACGGCUCAGACUUUUAUCUCUUAAGAUUUGCUGACUAAUAAUCUAUUCUUUUCUCUCUCUCUUCACUGUUUCCUUCUAUCCUUCUGGUUUCCUCAUCUCAUGGCAGGGCAAUGUAUCCUGCAGCUUUACAUUAACUCCUCUUUUUCUCUCCUUCUUUUGCUACAUAAUCCUGUAUUAUCUCUCUCGAGUUUCACAUACGCACAGUCUUUACUAUAGCUGGUAAUGCAGUGUGAUGCAGUCGUUGUUUGUUUUGUGUUGAAGUCUCAGUGACGUGGAGUUGGUUAUGUCAGCAUCUGCACAGUCAGGAGUUUCAGGGAAGCAGAUGAAAAAAAACCCCAUCCUGCUGUUAAAAUUGAACACAGCUCUCAAAUCAAGCGUUGAAAUCAUAAAAUGUGUGUGAUCCAUGACAGGAUACAGCCAGUGUGCUGAAAGGCUGCAUAUGUACUACUUUGUUCUCUUGAUUGUUUCUAAUUGGUCAUUUUAAGUGAUCAAUCGAUUACAGUUUUUCAGUGGAUGAUGCCAACACCAAAAAAUAAGAGAGCAGGUCCAUUGAUGCCUGAUAAACAACGCUGAUAUCAAAUUGUUGUUUUUCAGUUAACAUUUUUUUUUUUUUGCAUUUGACAAAUAAUUCAAUUAUACUUACAAAUGAAAAAACAAAGUUGCUGAACAUUUAGUUAAAUAAUUGUAGACAAAAAAAUAUUGCAACAAAGGGAAUUUGGAUGUCUGUCCUGGCUUAUUAGAUUAUUAAGACAAAGAAACACAAUUCCAAGAUAAAUACUAGGGGUGGGAGAAAAAAUUGAUACAGCAUAGGAUCUCAAUAUUUUGUCUGGUGAUAAAUCGUAUCGUCUCAUUGACCAAGUAUUGAUUUUUUUUUUAAAUAAAUUGCUAAUGUGUAGUCAGAUCUAUGAUAAUGGAAAAAUAAAAUCAAGUGUCCAGUGAGGUUGGCAGAGGUGACAUCAUAGAGCAAGAGUGCAAUAAAUGUGUGUGUGUAUAUAUAUAUAUAUAUAUAUAUAUAUAUAUAUAUGGUUUGCAAGAUGUGCUACAUGAAAAUAAAAUACAGCGUAAAUAAGACAAACAUAAAGAAAAAACAAAUGCUAAAUUAGCUAAACAGUUAAAAAAAAAUUGUAUGAAUCGCUAUAUACUGUAUCACAAUACUUGGUGUAUCGCAAAAUGUUAAAAAUCGCAAUAAUAUUGUAUCGUGGCCCAAGUAUCGUGAUAAUAUCUUAUCAUGGGGCCACUGGUGAUUCCCACCUCGAAUAAAUACUGCAAUCAAAACUUUAGAUAAUCCAUUAAAAUGUAUUUUUAAUUAAUUUAGAAAACAUAAUGGUGAUCUCAGCCUUGUAUUUACAGUGGUUCUCUCUGUUUAGUUGUUGAUGACAUAUUAUGUCAUGAGUUAAUUCUUAUAUUGGUGUUUUAGUUUUUAAAUGAUCUUGGAGCAAAAGUGACAUUUAAAGAAAUAUUAUUUGGACCUACAGGUUUCUAUCGCCUCUGCAAAGAUGCUUUCAUAUUUUCUUUACGUGCAUUAUGUAAUAAGAUGGCAGAGCAGAUCAAGCUCUCUGGGUGAACGAGACACUACCUUAGACUCAGUCAUUGUAACUUGACUGGUUAUCACUCUUCAGAGGACAGGACUAAUCGUGCUUUUUAGGUAGGCAAGAGAAGUUCUCAAAGUGAGGAAGCAAACAUAGAUGCAGCGGGGUUGUGAUGAAAUGAUUCAUGUAGAGGACAGACGGAAAGUUGUGUUCACACACUUGGACAGAGAGGGGGCAGACCAAUUUCCACUGGACAUAUUUACAGAGAGUUUCCAGCGGGUAGACCUGGCUGUGUCCUGUGGCUUUAUGGCGCUGCAUGCAGGCUGUCUCACCUUGUAAACAUAUCUGCUCUGCCAGCAGAAGAAGAGAAGGGUGAAACCUUCCUCUGACUCCAAAACACUGUGAACUUUGGAUAAGCAUUGCGCAAAUGACCAUACUUCUAAGCGUUACUCAUGAUGAAUAGAUUGGAAUGUUUGCAGACUUGUGAAAUAAAAGUUCCACUUCAACUUUUUUUCAUAACUUUUAUUUUGUGCCACCCUGUGAUUUUUUUAGGUUUUUAAAUCAAACAUAAAUACUCUAUGACCUGAAGAUUGUUCCAUUAUAUUUUGUUUAUUCUCUGAAUGGGAUACUUCAGGCUGCAUUUACUGUGUGUCUGCGCUGUAUGUGUGUUUGAAUGUGUGUGUCUGUUCCUGCUGUGCUUGGGACAUCAGUCAUUGUCUUGUUCUGUAGCCCAGCUUUGUCAUUUAAGCAGGAAUGUAGGUCACACACGCAGAGUGCAUCCAAAUGGCCGAGUUACAUGGGACAGUAAGGACAAUUCAUUCUGUCCUAUUGGCCUGUGUGUUUUAGUGUUGAGCAAGUGAUGGAAACACAAAUGGGAUUUUGUCUAUUCCAGACUGAAUCCCAGAAUAGGACUGGAGUUUUGAAAUUAAUGGUUGAAAGUCAAAAUACACUUUGAUUUUAAUCUUAUUUGUGAAUUCGGGCAUUAAAUUUUCCUUUCAUUUUAAAUUUCAGUUUACCUUCAAAGUGAGGACCAUGGGUUCACUGUCACUCGCCUGGGUGGGAGACGGAUCAGGGGUGAGUCUGCUUCGAAUUGAAAAUAAAUAAAGUCAAAAUUGGUCCAUGUUGUCGCACAGAUUGUGGUUUUACACUCUCUUUUCUUCCAGGUGCUGCUAGUCUUAACAACAUUCCAGGUACCGCUCUUCAUGAUGCGUUUUGGACAGUCUAAUCUCCACAGGAGGUGAGAAAUUCCUCAUGGUUAGCACAGGUAUCAGAAAUGAGGCAGUAAACUUAUUCUCAUAGCUGUAGUUUGGGUCACUAACUGCCUCUUUGCCGCUGUGUCAGUGAAGACCAUGGGAAAACCUUCGAAGAUGUGACCCACCUGAUCAACCACACCUUCAUCCAGACUGAGUUUGGCAUCGCCAUCAGUCCUGACCAUUCAGGCAAGGUGAGACAUAUCAGGAAACGGUAGUGUCUUUGUUUUAAGUGCUUUGAAUUUGAGGUUGGUCUACAAAAGAGCUUUUCUUUCUUGUUUCACUCCAGGUGAUACUCACUGGUGAUGUGUCAGAAGUUGGAGGAUUCAGACUGUUUCGCUCACGGGACUUUGGCAUGACCUUUAUCCCGACUGACCUGCCAUUCGAGCCUCUCAUUCAGAUGCUGUACAACCCUACAGACUGCAAUGUGCUGCUGACGCUCAGUACCACGGUAACAGCCCUUGUGUUCAUCAAACCACACCUCCUGUCCUUGGGAGUUUUUGUCCACAGUGUGCCUUAAUUGGAUGUCAGACUUCUAUUUCAAGCUGCUGAAUUCUCAAUACGGCUUAAGUGAAUACCUAGAGGUCUGGGAGCACUCUCCUCUUGACUGAUUAAGCCUAUUCCCUCUAGCUGGAACUCUGGCUGUCUGAGGACUUUGGUGCCACCUGGAGGAGGAUCCAUGAACGUGUUUGUUUGGUUCGAUGGUGAGUGCUUCGUUAACAUAAUGCUGAAUGUGUUUUUAUUAAGUCCCUUUCAGACAUGCACAAAGUUCCUGGAAAUGUCCUGAAAUUACCCAGGUCAGCUAGGCUUUUCACCCCAUCUUCACCUGGAAUAGUUCCUCCAGGUCCCACCCUUGUAUCACAUCAGUGAAGUCUUGAUGAGCUUGUAUGAGAACGCACCCGUGAAUAGUGGCAGGGGGAGCAGUAAGGGGAUGUUAUUGUUUAUCAUGCAGCCAGUGUUCUGUCUAGUUUUGCUGCUUGAUAAAGAAAUGCUGCUGUAGUGGUACUUGAUUAUGCAGGCUGUUGAGUAAUGUUUUCGGAUCAUGGACAGGGAUGACUUUUCUGUAAGAGUUAGACGGCAUAUAUUGGUACAUUAAUUCUAAACUUUUAUUUAACGAUCUCAAAGAGAUGUAUGUCAGGGCAGGUAAUGCUCAGAGUACAGAUUCACUUUAUAUCACGCCACUACUCUUUACAAUUGAAUUUCCCUUCAGGGAUCAAUAAAGCUAUUCUUAUUCUUAUUCUUACACUGUCUCAGUAAUAGGAUCAUGUCUUGAUAAUCUAUUACGUUACUCCCACUGGACAAGUGCCCAGUACUGAAGGAUUCUGGCUUGAUGGUUUUAAUCAUGGGUAAGAUUUCAUUAUAAAACAUUAUACUGUGACAACUACAGCUGUAGUCUGACAUCAUGAUCAGCCUCUUGAAUCCUGUGGAGUAGGGAUGGGUGAUAUUGGCAAAAAAAAUUACCACGAUAAGUUUUGCCAUUCUGGCAGUAACGAUAAAAGUCACGAUAAAAAAACGUUAUAAUAUCUAUCCAUGUUUUUGACUCAUUCUGUUCUGAGAACCCCGCAAUCAUUGUUCUUGGAUGGCACUCACCAGUUGGCAUAGUCAAAUAAGAUACUUAACCACAAGUUUAAAUGUAAAUGUAAAUGUUCUUUUUUAUAGAGUUUUAUAUAGUUUAUAUAUAUUUUUUUAUACAGCCCUUUACAUCAACCCUUUCGGUGAACCAAAGUGCUUUAUAAUACAUAGUAAAUAAAAAUGAAUAAAUAAAAAGCAAUAAAACCAAUAAAAGAAUAAGAAACAAUGCAAUAAAAUAAAGUGUCCCCACGCUACUGGGAAUUAAAAGCCAGCAUAAAUAAAUACGUUGUCAAUGGAGAUUUGAAGAGGCCCAGAUCGGAAAUUAGUCUGAUUUUGGUGGGGAGCUUAAUCCAGAGCCUGGGACCAGCAACUGAAAAGGCUCAGUCACCCCAGUGUUUGUGUUUUGAUCUGGGCACUUCCAGCAGAAGUUGGUUUGACGACCUCAGAGCUCUACCCAGCUCCCGCAUGGUUAAAAGCUCAGUUAAAUAGAUGGGGGCGAGGCCGUUAAGAGCUUUAAAAACAAACAUUAAAAGUUUAAAAUCAAUCCUAUAAGAGACGGGAAGCCAAUGUAGGGAGCUAAGGACAGGAGUGAUAUGCUCGUGUCUGUUAGUGUUGGUUCAAAGACAGGCAGAAGCAUUUGCUUAAGUUGAAGGCGACUAAGAGAUGAUUGGGAGAUGCCAACAUAAAGUGCAUUACAAUAGUCUAAUCUUGAACUGAUUAAGUGGUAGUUUAUGGAGAAAACUAGUGACAUCAAACAAGUCUGAAAUGUGAAAAUCCUUUCAACAUUUAUUGAAAACUCUUAUUACUCAGAGAGAACAGCAGCAGUAGAUCCACUGUCCGAUGUCAGGCAUACCUGACUGCACUUGUCUAAGCCCCGAUCUUGAAGGAAAUUUUAUCGCAUUAAUCGUGAGAUGGCAAAUAUUUAUCAUAGAGGAUUUCUCUGAUGAAAAACCGUGAACGAUAAUUUAUUGCCCAUCCCUACUGUGGAGACCACUCUUUGAGGGUCUACAUAUGAAUAGUACAGUCAGAUAAAUCCCUACAUCAGAGCUCCUCAGAUUUUCUGGUAGCUCUAAAAACAGCCUUAGUAAUAAAUCUAAAAAUUUCAUGAUUACCUAAAUUAUGCAGCCCCUGUGAACUCAGAGCUGUGGCAGACAUGGUUGAAACAGGACAGACAAAAGGGAACACGGCAAUAAAAUCCAGUAAGGCCAUGAUAUGGUGAGAAAUAUUUGAGCUUCAGUCCAUAUGAAGUGAAACCAACAGGAAAAAUAAUCACAAAAAAAGCUGCACCAUCAAUCAUCCGUGCUUAUUUACAUCUGGAUAGUAGAGCAUUGUAGCACCAUGCUUGUGGCGGAUGGCUGUGCUACAAAUGUGAGAUUACAUAUGAGUUGCAUUUCAAGGCUGACCACAAUGAAAAUAAUAACUUGAUUAAACAGAUUGGAAAUCUGGAUUGAACUAGCAAUUUGACAGUGUUGAAUUGUUUCGUAGACUGAGUGCUCACAUUCUGUCUUCACAUCAGUAACAGCUCUAGACUUGGAAAUUACAGUUUCUACUCUUCAAAGAAACAAGUGUGGUUAGUUUCUCCUCCUUGUUGAUAGAAGGCCCUCGUGUUGGUUUGGCUUCCUUUAGGGACAAAGUGAUAACUCUUUUCUCUUUGUUUAUUGUUUCUUGUACUUGCAUUAUUUGUGUUUCCCUGACAAAAGCAUUUGUAUCAAUUUUCACUAAUUGUACAUAUUUGCCACAAAAAUGUAUGGAAAUGGACUGUUUCUUUAGCAUGAUAUCACUAACCUACUCUCUUACAGCAGUUACAGGCAUUUAAUUUACAAAAAAGAAAUGGUCUUGAUUUGCCUAUAUAGGUCAAAAAUGCAUCUCUUUACAUUUAAAUAUGUUUGAUAAUCAGCUAAAAACUCCAUACUGGAGCUUUAAUCACUUGCUGCAGCCUUUAAACCCCCUGCUUUGCUUAUAUAAAAGGGGCUCAUCUAAAUGAGGUAUGAGUGGACACUUUAGGAUUUGAAACACACUUAAUGCUUCCAUACACAGCCUCCUUGUUGGUCUUUGUUUUUGUAAAACAGCACUGUGUGUCUUUUAUUGUCCGUUGUUGUUAUUCCAACUGUUUCCCUCACACCAACCAUGAUCACCGACUCCUGACACUGCUAUCAUUUGAGUUCACAUAGGGUUGUGGUGUCAGCCUGCGGUUGUUGGCGGUGCAUUGUGGGUUACUCUUUGAUAGCUUUGCGUGACCACAGCUGUCAUUUAAGCCCCAAACCGAAAUUGACUGCAGAGUAGGGGAGCCACGGCUGCUGUCAGAGCGAAUCAUGAGUCAGCGGCAGCAUUCUUUUUCAGACCACAGUCCUUGAACCAGCUGUGUGCUACAAAUGUGAGAUUACAUAUGAGUUGCAUUUCAAGGCUGACCACAAUGAAAAUAAUAACUUGAUUAAACAGAUUGGAAAUCUGGAUUGAACUAGCAAUUUGACAGUGUUGAAUUGUUUCGUAGACUGAGUGCUCACAUUCUGUCUUCACAUCAGUAACAGCUCUAGACUUGGAAAUUACAGUUUCUACUCUUCAAAGAAACAAGUGUAGUUAGUUUCUCCUCCUUGUUGAUAGAAGGCCCUCGUGUUGGUUUGGCUUCCUUUAGGGACAAAGUGAUAACUCUUUUCUCUUUGUUUAUUGUUUCUUGUACUUGCAUUAUUUGUGUUUCCCUGACAAAAGCAUUUGUAUCAAUUUUCACUAAUUGUACAUAUUUGCCACAAAAAUGUAUGGAAAUGGACUGUUUCUUUAGCAUGAUAUCACUAACCUACUCUCUUACAGCAGUUACAGGCAUUUAAUUUACAAAAAAGAAAUGGUCUUGAUUUGCCUAUAUAGGUCAAAAAUGCAUCUCUUUACAUUUAAAUAUGUUUGAUAAUCAGCUAAAAACUCCAUACUGGAGCUUUAAUCACUUGCUGCAGCCUUUAAACCCCCUGCUUUGCUUAUAUAAAAGGGGCUCAUCUAAAUGAGGUAUGAGUGGACACUUUAGGAUUUGAAACACACUUAAUGCUUCCAUACACAGCCUCCUUGUUGGUCUUUGUUUUUGUAAAACAGCACUGUGUGUCUUUUAUUGUCCGUUGUUGUUAUUCCAACUGUUUCCCUCACACCAACCAUGAUCACCGACUCCUGACACUGCUAUCAUUUGAGUUCACAUAGGGUUGUGGUGUCAGCCUGCGGUUGUUGGCGGUGCAUUGUGGGUUACUCUUUGAUAGCUUUGCGUGACCACAGCUGUCAUUUAAGCCCCAAACCGAAAUUGACUGCAGAGUAGGGGAGCCACGGCUGCUGUCAGAGCGAAUCAUGAGUCAGCGGCAGCAUUCUUUUUCAGACCACAGUCCUUGAACCAGCUGAAUCUUAGCAGUGUGAAAACCUUCGCCCUCUUUGGCAGGAAACAAAACCAGACAGGGCUUGGUGUGCGGCCUGUGGGGUUAAUGUGUGCCUUAGACCCACUUAAGUGAAACCACAGCUAUUAUCUAUGAUCAUGACAAAUUCCAUAAAUGGAUUUACAUUUGGAAUCACACAACCUCUUAGAUGUGAAAAAAUUUGAGUGCAAUGAGAUCUCGGCUUUCUCAUAAGUCUAUCCCCCACUGAUUCUUUUAUUUUUUUCCCAUACAGGGGUAAAAAAAACAGCAUCUACUUUACAACAAACUACAAUGGAUCAUGCAGUAAGUGAGGACCACAUGGUAACCCAAAUUUAUACAAAAUAAAAAAAAAAAACAUCCAGUAAUAAUUCUCUCUCUUUUUGUCAGGUGUUAGGGGAAUGUUGGAAUUGAGGAAGACGACUGACUAUGGGAAAAGUUUUAAAACCAUUGCAACAAGAGUUUACUCCUUUGUUCUUGGAGGGCGCUUUGUUUUUGCUUCAAUCAUGACCGGCACGGUAUGUGUGUGUGAAUUUGUUUGCAUCCUCUGUCUUGUUUUCUGUUUAUGCAUUUCUAUGUUUAUACUUUGACAUCACUUUGUGUGUCUUUAUGUUUUCUUUCCUUUUUCUUGUGUUCAUUUGUGAUAACAAUGCAUAUUUAGACAACCAGUAAUAUUUUGUCCAAAUUUUGUCUUCUGUGCAGUUUAAGAUCUAAAAGAUGGCAUAACUCAGCCACUGCCUGGUAAAGCUAUACAAGUGGCUCUUGUUUACAAGCUUUGAUUUAGAUGUGAUGACCAUAGUCUGUGUAUAUAGAUGGAUAUUAAAGGGAUAUUCUGGCAUAAAAUUAAGUUUGGUUCAAAUACACUGUAAAACUGAGUUAGACACCUCGUCAAGAGGUGAAUGUUGCCGACCACUUGCUCCUCUAGUUAUACCAACUUUAGUAAUGACCGCACAAUAGCAAGACAAAGAGCCAUGCGCUCAACCAAAAAGCCACUCUAUAGCCACAAAUAAUGCUCAGAACAGCACCUAACUUCAUCAACAGUACAUGUAGGGUCCCAGCCACAGCACUAGCCACCAAACAUCUUUUUAACUUUGUCUAAUUUCUUUGGCAAAGAGACUUAACACAACUCACCUACUCUCUUCCAGCAGCCGCUUGUUUGUAGCGAGACCUCGGGCAAGUCCAUUACGGACUGCAGCGGGGUGACGCAGCUCAAGGAAGAACAUUUAUGAUCAUUUCUUCAUGGAAAUGCAAUCAGACCGAGAUGCUGAGGCAGAAGAACUACCGCGUCUGCAGUGGAAAAUGAUUAAUAUGGGGAUUAUUACUUCGAGGAAAUGAUAAAGAAAUGAUCAUGAAUGUUCUUCCUUGAGCUGCGUCACCCUGCAGCAGUCAGUAAUGGACUGGCCUGAGGUCUUGCUACAAACAAGCGGCUGCUGGAAAAGAGUGGGUGAGUUGUGUUGGUAAAACUAGAGAAGCAAGCAGCCAGCAACAUUCAUCUCUCGAGCGGGUAUCUAACUUGGUUUUAUGGUGUGUCUGACCCUAAAUUAAUUUUAUGCUGGAAUAUCCCUUUAAUAUUGCACCCCUACAUCCUAGUGUCAUACAAAAGUGAUGUCAAAAUACCCAACAUUUAACUUGUGCACAUGGAGCUGGAUUCUUGCACAGUAGAGAUCAGCUGAUCCUGCCCCUUUGACUAAACAAAACACAAAUGUAAAUACUCCUAAAAGGUCCCCAAGGUUAUCAGGUUCUUUUGUCAUUUGAGGAAGACACUCAUGACUCAUUCUUUGACAAAAGCCCUGAAAAAUAAGCCUGUAGCAGAUCCAUGUUUAUUAUUUUUCCCUGUGUGUGUGUUAGGGUACAGAGCGUAUGAUCCAUGUGUCAGUGGACGGAGGUGAGGUGUGGAACAUGGCUCAGCUUCCUACCGUCAACCACGAGCAGUUCUACUCCAUUCUGACAGCCAAUCAGGACAUGAUAUUCAUGCAUGUGGAUGACCCUGGAGGUAAGGAUGCUGUCAGCAAUGAUUGAUGGAAGGAUGAUGAUGCUGACAGUGUUUGUACUUUCCAGUUGAUUCUUAUAGUUGAUGUUGUUUGAACAAGAUACAGGUCCUUUGAAAAAGAUCUUGAAGCUGCGAAAUACUGAACAGUAGAUGUGGUUUUGUGAUGGUCUGGUUCUGAAAUCAUUACAGGUAAGGGAAGAAAAACCUGCCACUGAACAAACUCAUGCUCAUGUGUACUUUGUUCACCAGACUUGGGGGUUGGAACCAUCUAUGUGUCAGAUGACAGAGGCACUGUGUUCUCCAAGUCUCUAGAGCGCCAUCUUUACACAACCACUGGGAGUGAGACUGACUUCACAGUCGUUUCUGCACUCAGGGGCGUCUACAUGACCAGCAUACUUACAAAGGGUGAGUCGGUAUGAAGUCAGAAAUGACAUACUGUACAUAGAUAAAAUAAAAUACAAAUAUAUUGCAAUCUAAAGAAACUCUGUACCCUAAGACGCGUGGAUGGUACAUGCAAAAACAACUGAGUUUGCCAAAAAUUGCAACUCUUAGAAACUAAUUUUUAAUAACAGAUAAUAGAUCAUUUGACUUGUUAAUAAUAAUUUUGACUUUUCCAUUUCAUAUUUCUUAAUUUUGUCUAUUCAAGAUUUUGCACUUCAGUCAUAAUUUGAUAUUUUAUCUCAUAAUUUGUUAUUUUUUUUAAUUUCAUAAUUGACAUUUUAUAAUCUAAGAAUUGUGAUUUUUUUAAUCUCAUUAUUUGACUUUCCAACCUGAUAAUUUUGAUUUUUCAAUUUCAUAAUUUUGAUUUUUCAAUCUCAUAAUUUAGAUGGUUCAGUCUUAUAAUGUUGACUUUAAUUCCAGAAUUUUGACAUUUAAUCAUAUUUCAAUUUUUCAGUCUCUUCAAUUUUAAUUUUUAGUCUCAUAAUUUUGAAUUUGAUCAUUUUGAUUUUGUGUACAUCUCAUAAUUCAGACUUUUUAAUCUCAUAAUUUUGAUUUUUUAAAUCUCAUAAUUUUGAUUUUUUUAAAUCUCAUUAUUUUGAUUUCUUAAUCCUCAUGAUUUUGAAUUUGAUAAUUUUGAUUUUCUUUAAAUCUCAAAAUUCUGACUUUUUAAUCUCAUAAUUUUUUUUUUUUUUUUAAUCUCAUCAUUUUGAUUUUUGUAAAUCUCACAAUUUUUAUUUUUUUUUAAAUCUCAUAAUUAAGAAUUUUUAAUCUCAUAAUUUAGAUGGUUCAGUCUUGUAGUGUUGACUAAUUCCAGAAUUUUGACAUUUAAUCAUAUUUCAGUUUUUCAAUCUCAUAAAUUUUAAUUUUUAAUCUCGUAAUUUUGAAUUUGAUAAUUUUGAUUUUGUUUUAAUCUCAUAAUUCAGACUUUUUAAUCUCAUAAUUUUGAUUUUUUAAAAUCUUGUGAUUUUGAUUUUUUUAAAUCUCAUCAUUUUGAUGUUUUUGAUCUUAUAAUUUUGAUUUUUUUUAAUCUCAUAAUUUUGAAUUUCUUGUUGAAAAUGCUGAUUUACUUAGCCGACUCUGAGCAGCAGAUCAGAUGAAGAAAGGACCAAAUCAGUGCACCUGUACUUUGUAGGGUCCAUUUAAAAACUUUUUGAUGCUUGCUGUGCAGGUGUUAAGUUGCUAUUUUCCUGUUUUACAGUACAAGUACUGAAAGUAUUGUUGAGUCUGCAGCCUGUGGGUUUAGCAUACAAAAUAUGUUUUGUGAUCUCUGUAUUAAGUUGGCCGUGACCCUACUUUCUGAACUAUUUUGCAGAUGGUGUAGUGGAGACAGUAAUCACAUAUGACCAAGGAGCAAGAUGGCAGACCCUACAGAGACCGGAGAACAGUAACUGUGCUGCUGAAACCUCUACGAACAGGCCUAGCAGAGUGAGACACGCUUAGAUUUAUAAGAUUUAUUCCCAGUAUAUUUGGGAGAUGUAUUUUUAUGUUUUAUGGGUGUAAUCAGGCUGUUUUAGUUAUUUGCCAGUGAAGCAACAUUCCCCUAAUGAUAGUGUCUUUACAGUGCAGACUUCACAUCCACGCCUCCUACAGCACCACAAUGAAGAUGAACGUCCCCAUGCUGCCUCUGUCUCAGCCCAAUGCUGUGGGCCUCAUUCUGGCUCAUGGUAAAAGUAAAUACAUGUAUAAAGAAUAUUCUCCAAAUUCUUUCAUGUCUCUAUGUUUCUCAUGACGUGGCCUCCUGCCCUGACAGGCAGUGUUGGAGAAGCAGAGUCAGCUCUUUCCCCAGACGUGUACGUGUCUGACGAUGGGGGCUACACAUGGAUGUUGGCUCUCAAGGGCCCCCAUCACUACGCCAUACUGGACUCUGGAGGGCUGCUCGUGGCUGUGGAGCACACAAACUCCCCUGUCAACCAGAUUAAGUGAGUGUGUGUCAUGAUGUGUUUGUUUUUCAUUAAAAACUUGAACUUAAUUUAUCCAUUGCUCUUAGGUUUUCCACAGAUGAGGGUCAGUGCUGGCAUACGUACAACUUUGCCAGCGACCCGUUCCACUUCACCGGUAUGGACAGCGAACCUGGUUCUCGCUCUAUGAACGUCAGCUUGUGGGGCUACCGGAACGACUUCAGCAAAUGGAUUGUGAUCACCAUUGACUUCAGGAAGAUCCUCUCUAGAGACUGUAAGUGUUUAAGAAAAUACGCAGAUGUUCUGGUAAGUGUUGAGUUUAAUACUUAAAAUCUUAGUUUCUGUUCAUGCAGGUGCUGAUGAGGACUUUGUGCAGUGGCUGUCUCACUCUGCAGACCCCAGCGGAGCUAAUGAUGGCUGUGUUCUGGGCUAUAAAGAGACCUUCCUGCGCCUGAGAAAAGACUCUGUCUGCUGGAAGGGCAGGGAUUAUGCCGUCACUAAAAAGCUGGCUCCUUGUCCAUGCACAGAGGAUGAUUAUCACUGGUAAGUUUUUCUAAGGAUGUUUUCAGCAUAUAACGUGUAAUUUUGAGAUCAUCAGAAUUAAUGAUGCCAGACAAGUUGACUCUUGUCCAUGGAUAUCAUACUGUGCUUCUUCUUUGGCUUACAGUGACUUUGGGUUCUACCGUCCAGAGAACAGCUCCAAGUGUGUGGAGCAGGAGGAGCUGAAGGGUCACCCCCUGGAGUUCUGCCUAAAUGGGACCACAGAGGAGCUGCAGACCAGUGGGUAAGUAACAGGGUUUCUGCUGGGUCUUAAAAAGUCUCAAAACGUCUAAAGAUCCAAUAAUUUGAUUUUAAGGCCUUAAAAUAUCUAAAACUCUCAUAAAAUCUAAUAAAAUAUCUUGAAUACAAAUGUGAAAGGUCUAAAAAAUGUAUUGAUGUUACUUACAAAUAAAGAUUGAUUUGAAGUUAGUUAAAAAUGUUCCGAUUUCCCUUCAUGUCUUUUGUACUUUUUUGCCAGUAUGAAUGUAAAAUGGAUCUUGAUUUUAUUCAUUAUGGUCUUAAAAAGUCUUUAAAAGUCUUAGAUUUGACUUGUUGAAACCUGCAGAAACCCUGAAGUAAGGAUCAAUGCUAUUUGAGUGGAUGUUUCUCUCUUUUUCUGAGUGCAUGCAGAGGGGGCAAAAAACCCAAACCUACCCAUAAUAUAGAAAUUGAAUGCACAAUUUUGGGAAUAUAUUCUGUAAGACUUAAGUCAGAGGGUAACGAACAGCUAGCUAGUAAAGAACCCUUCAGUUGCUGGUGGCAUUAUGAUAUAAACAUCAAGGUCAUUGAAAUCAAGUAAAGACAAUUAUAAAAACUUGAGCUCAAUGUAUUGACCAAUCAGGUUAUCUUUUCUGCCCCUCUACUUUCAUUUUACCAUCUUUGUUGUGGCCUGAAUUUACAAGGUCAGCAGCUAUAAAAUGUAGAUCAACAACAUUUUUUUUUCUUAAUCUUUCUGAUUUGAUAAACUACACACAUCACAUCGAGCAGGUUGGUCUUGAGUCUCAAAUUAAAUUGUAAAAUUUUCCAAAAAUCUAAACAAGGCUUCGUAUUAACCACAAACCUAAAGGAAGAGGAAAUCUUAAUUUUUGAGACUGUUUCAUGCUGUAUGUGAUUGUCUUCCAGUAAAUCUCAGAGUAAUGCCAGAAUGUCAGUUAGCUCUCUCAGCCUCACCAGCUUGGUGUCUGCUUUUCCCCUGACUGUGAAAGUGCUGGUGUCAAAAAGAACCGGAGAUUGUUUUUUUUUUUUUCCGCCUCUUUUAACGACUUUGCAUAGUUACCUCUGUGUUUCCAGUGUUUUAGUGUCACUUUCAGUGAGACUUUUCUUUUCCCCUUUUCAUAGUUUCUGUUUCUUUUAACAUUUAAGCUACCGGAGGAUUCCUGGAGACCAGUGUGAGGGCGGUUUCCAGCCAGACAGGAAGGAGACAAACCUGGGUAGAAUGUGUACCAGCAACGCCCUGCAUCCAAAUUCUCUGGUCAGGUUUCUUUCGAACUUUAAAACAUCAUCUACCCGGUUAAUACAGAAAUCUUGAAAGAGUUCUUAUGGUGUGACUGGACUAUCUAGUUCAAACAAAAUUUCAUACAAAUUAUAUCAGAAUUUCUAAAAUUAAUCUCGAAGGAAAACUCAUCUCAACUCAUCUUUAUUUAUAGAGCACUUUAAAACAAACACAGUUGAAACAAAGUGCUGUACACAAGUAGACAAAAACAACUCAGACAUAAAAACAAUUAAAACAAUUAAAAACAAUAGAUAAAUCAAAGCAGAUAAUAAACACCAAAAUACUGUUUUCAUUAUUUUUAAGAACAAAUUUAAAAACAAUUACAUAGAACACAAAAGCAGAAGCAGAGUCACAUGCGAGGUUGAAAGCCAAAGAAGAAAAAAAAACCAACGUAAUAUCACUUCAGAGUCUUCCAGAUACAUGAAGUUAGUAACGCUGAGCUAAACAGUUCAUGAAAACAUGAUCCCAGCAAGAUCCAGUGCAUUUUAGAUUAGAACAAAAUGUGAUAAAAAGAUUGAAAAUUUUGAAUUCAUCAUGUGUCUGAGGAAGGUUAGAGUCUCUGUGUCACCACAAAGAGGUUUUGUAUCCCACUGUCUUUUGCUCUGCAGUUGACUAGAAGAUCUUGUUCAUGUUCAAGUCUGAAUCAUGUGUUAUAUGAGACAUCAGAUGUUUGAAGUCUUCAAUCUGGGUUUAAUACAACAUUUCAAUUUCCAAAGUAAUGUCCCAAAGUUUCAACCAACUUAAAGUUCAAGUUUGUCAAUUAAAGCACUGUAUUAUAUGUAUAAAGAUUUUCUCAGACCUACAAACAAAGUCUGAUGUCUUAACAAGAGCAGCCUUUGGUUUGUUUAAAACAGAAAUGGUAAAUAACUAAUACAGAUGAAGUCAUGCCGAGAUCUGGCAGAGUGUUUAGUAGCUUUCCACCUCUAGUUUAUGCUCAUAGGAUUGCACAGUAUAGAAAUGCAGGUCCUGAUGAGAGUUUAUAUUGCACUUAAGUGUCUAAAGGAAAAAAUAAAGCCAUUUAGAGUAAUUAUUCACCACUCUUGGUUGGUCAUAUGACAUUUAAAAGACUUUUUAGCAGGUAUGGAACUUUAAACUUGAAAGCUUUGAGACAUUGGUUAGUUGUUUGUUAUUUGAUUAAUGCAUUUUAUCUUGUUUUGUGCAGCUUCUUAAUGAUUUCAAUCCCUCUUGUUUUCUUCUUCUUCUUCUGUAACAGAGUGAUGACAGCUCAGCAAACACAGCGAUCAUAGUGAUAGUUAUCAUGGCGAUCCUGCUCACCAGCGCUGUUACAGGCGUUUGGCUGGUAAAGAAAUAUGUCUGCGGUGGACGGUAGGUGCUCUGUUUUGCAUCUCUGUCUUUUUAGAUACUGCGUUUCAUUUUUGUGAAUUUCUAACGUGCCCCUCUGCCCUCAUCAGGUUCCUAGUGCAUCGAUACUCUGUCAUGAGGGAACAUGCUGAAGCUGACAAAAUAGAGGGGGUUGAUGAUGUUGACCCUCAUUACAUGGAGACAGGAAAAGCACAAUACAAUGAAGAUUCAGAUCAGGUACUUGACGCUGUCUAUAAAGACUCUGCCUCUGGUAAAUCUGUGAUCAAUAGGUUAUCAAGUGUCAGUAAUCAGUUUUUGUCUCCUUACAGGAUCUCUUAGAAUAGAGUGGACAUUCCUCACUCAUUGGAUCUUCCAGACUAAAGCUAUUGCGGUCUUUCUUGAUGCCUGGGCGCCCCUGUUGCUGAUUAACAACAUUUUCUUACUUCUCCCCGUCCCUCUGGUGGCUGGAGGACUUAGCAGCAACUCGCAUUGCUUCUUUGUACCAGUUGAGGCUCCCAAAAUAAGGGAAACCUGUAGCUUUGAGAGGGGGGACAAUCCCUGCACUGGACAAAAGAAGGCCUCUGGAGUCCCUACAGAGCUUUUGUUGUUUCUGCCACAAAGAGACUGUUACCUCUGAAUAUGUGCUCUGUUGUAAUAAGUGUUUGUAAAAAAGUGUUGACCUGAGAAAAAUGGUCUGUCACAGUGUGAUGACCUGCGGAAACACAAUUCAGAGUCUAUGAUUUAGAUGUGCAGACAGUAGUUACAGAAACUUUGAUACAGCAUUAGGGAAGAGCACAGAAAACAAUAACCAGUAUUUUAGCUCAUAGCAGACAACAUAAGCUGUUAUUAAGGUAGUUAUGGUUUUCUUAUUGUUUUUUAAAGCUUGUUGAGUGUGGCAGCCAUUGAAUAUGCUUGUUGCCAGUUUCACCGGCCUCUAAAAAUUAGACAGAUCUCCUUUUGAAAGACUUCUCACUGUGAGCAUUUGCUAGGUACCUUUUUAUUCAAUCGCAUACUCAGAGAAAAAUAGCUUCUGUAGUGGUACUGGACCCUUUUUCAUACUAGCACUUUUUUUUUAUUUUACACACCAUACAGAGUCUCUAGAUUUCACAGCGGAAAGUGUCCUAAUAAUAACAGAAUCCCAUAGAAAGAUGCACCUGACAGUAAAAUAAAGGGUUAUUUUUAUUCUUUGCUACUUCUAUAACUCAAUUUUAUGAUAAAAUUAACAUUUGCAUAUUUUUAUAGUUCAGUAUCAAUUUGGUGUUAUUGGCUCAUGUGUAAAAAUAAAAUAUAGUGAGUGGGGGUGUGAUUAUGCCCACCACACUCACUCACAUUAAUCACAGCUCCCUUAACAAACAGAGGAGCUGACUCAGAGUACCGAUUUUAGAUGAUUUUAUACUUCAAAACAUUUUAUUUAUGCUGCAAAAAAUUGUCAGAUUUUAUGGUUGCAGACAAGGCAACGAUAUCGUUGUCACUCCACUGGUGUGUUGGAUUGAUGUUUUCAUUCUUGUUCAAGUCUUGACAUUAUCCUUCUUCGCUGUUAUGAAUCAUGUUACACAUUAAUCACAAGUUUAAAGAGUAGAGUGUUAAACAGCUUGGUGGUUAAUGAGAAAGCCAAGUAAUAAUCAUAAAUAUGUCAGCUUGCAGACUGAGAUUUAGGUGUAGUUACUUUUGUGUUGUAGUGUAGCCCUUUUGUCAAACACCUGAAUUAAAAAAUCUCUAAUAUCAUUAGCUACUAAGAAAACUAAUGUGGACCAACCUCAAACUACUUGUGUUUUAAUUUUUAGUGCCUUGUGAAACUUUUGGACCAAAGGUUUAAAAGGCCACACAUUCUUUUGAAGACAUUUUAUAACAUAGUGCAGCUUCAUAAAACAAACAUCUUCUACCCCCCUGUAUGUGUGGUGAAAAAUGAAAGACUUGAAUUAUUGCCAAAGCACUUUUAUUGUUUGAUGUUCUCCUUUUAGAAGAGAGAUUGUAAAGGUGACAGCUAUUGUAGUGGAUCGUUAUAUCAGUAUGAAGGCUACGCUAACCCAAACUCUUUACUUGAACUUCCUGAUAUUUUUGCUAAACAGCAUGCAUCAAUGACACCAUUGUUGUCUCUUGUUCUUUUUGUUUAUUUGUUUUUUGUUUUUACUUUAACUGGACCAACAUUUUCCUUAUCCUGCCAAAACCAUUUUACGUUUUUCAAACAAUGAUUAUAAUAUCGUGUCCCUUUUGAGAAGGACUGAAGAAUUGCUGUAUUGUUUCUGUCACUAGUUUGAAAGCAGGAAGCAGAAAACAUCAGAAGAAUUGCAUAAGCAUAACAAGCAUCUGCAGGAUUAUAUUGAUGCUAUUUAUAGCCUGUAUAUGUAGUCUUAAAUCAGUGCAUCUAAAUGUUAUAAUCUUACAGGCAUUGAGAAUAACAGAACUUCUUUAUCAGAUUAAUGUGUCUUCUGGCUAUGAAGAGCAUACACUUUGCUAAAUUGGCAGGGUUACAUCUUCCAUAGACCCCUUCUCUGUUCUUUGAAUGGGAAGUUGCUGGCCACCGUUUCUUUUAUCUGCAGUGUAAUAACUGUAAAUUUUAAUAUAUGCAGGGCGUAGGGCUAAUGCUUACUUUCUUCUGCAUACUCAAUAAUAUCCCAGCAGAUAAGCUAUUGUAAUAAGCUGGCCUGAUAUAGAGGCAUAUUCUCAAGGAAUGUUGGUUGGACUUUGUCAGAUAUGACAGCAAAAUUAUUUGCUUCAUGCUUCUUUAUUUACAUAACUGUCAGUAAAUCAAACCCAGCUAUUAACUGGAAUCAGUUAAAUAUAUUUUUGCACUGUAUUUACAGAUCUGUGAAAAAGUAACAUGUGCCUCCUUGUACACAUAAUUUUGUGAAGUAUUAGGGCCAUGGGUUAUGCUCUUCAUUCCAUCCUGUUUUCUGGAGUAUCAGAGAGGAGUUUCUUUGGAUUAAACUAUUCUUUAGCAAACA